AUGGCGGACGCACCAGCUGGUGAUACCGAAGAGCCCCAGAUCACUUUCAACGUCAAAUCCUCCAGCGAUGCCAAAUACGUCCUCACCCUGCCCCCUAGCACGACUGUCGCCGACCUCAAGAACAAGCUCUCCACCUCAGAAUAUGCUGACAUACCGGCGGAGCGGCAACGGCUGAUAUACUCCGGCCGAGUGCUCAAGGACCACGAUACGCUGGCCAACGUCAAGAUAAAAGAGGGAAACACGGUACAUCUUGUCAAGGGCGCAGCCAGCAAUGCACGACAGAAUCCUGCAAGCCAGAGUUCGACUUCGACCUCAACGACGGGCGGCGCACCCAAUCCGGCGGCCAACGUACCGACCAACAUUGCCGCCGGAACAGGGAACAAUCCCCUAGCUGGGCUCACUGGCGCGCGGUAUGCCGGCUUUCACGGUCUGCCAGGCAUGGACAUGUUUGGCCCAGACGGCGGGAUGGGCCCGCCACCAACCGCAGAAAACAUGCUUGAAAUGAUGGAGAACCCACAGUUCGCAACCCUCAUGAACGAAGCGAUGAACAACCCCCAGGUCAUCGACAUGAUGCGCCAAAACCCCAUGAUCCGCGACAACCCCAUGAUGCAGCACAUUCUUCAGAAUCCCGAGAUGCGGCGUAUGAUGUUCAGCCCGGAGAUGCUACGGAUGCAGCUACAGAUGCAGCGGGCCAUGGGCGGCAGCGGAGGCGGGGGGUUAGGAGGCUUCGGCGGACAAGCAGCAUUCCCAGCACCUGGCGUCACGGAUACGACGGCGACCACGACAGGCCAAGGCACGACAGCGACACCGAACCAGCCUAACACGACGGGCCCGACAUCGCCGCCACCACCGAACCCCUUUGCCGGCAAUCUCGGCCCGAAUCCCUUCGCUGCGCUGUUCGGCGGCCAGCAGCCCGCGCCGGGCGUAACGCCAGCAACUUCGCCGCCGCCCGCCGCUUCGGCUGGCCAAGGCACACCGGCGGCUGGAGCGGACCAACAAGGCCAGAACGCGCCGAACCCGUUUGCUAAUCUCUUCGGCGGCGCUGGGGGUGGUGCACCUGGCGCAGCAGACCAGGGCCUAGGUCAAGGUCAAGGCCAACAGAACCCCUUCCAGCAAAUGGCGCAGAAUAUGAUGCAGAACCCAGACAUGAUGCGCCAAGCCAUGGCGUUAGCCCAGGGAAUGGGUGGUGCGGGCGGCGGCUUCGGCGGCGCAGGAGCAGGCAACGCGGCAAACCCGUUCGCAGGCCUCUUCGGUGGUGCUGGCGCUGCCAAUCCAUAUGGGGGAUUCGGAACGGGUGAUCUAGGACCACCACAGCCGCCAGACAACAGGCCCCCGGAGGAGCGGUACGCUGAGCAGCUGCGGCAGCUCAACGACAUGGGGUUUUAUGAGUUUGAGCGGAAUGUGCAGGCGCUGAGGCGGAGUGGGGGGAGUGUGCAGGGGGCGGUGGAGUACCUGUUGAGUGGGGUGUGA